CAUGAUUUAAAAUUUCGCUGGAGUGCCAGUGAAAAAACCUUGGCGGGCCGUAGGUUGGAUACCCCUGGUCUGUACAGUCUGAACUGUACCAUAGAAAAUAUAUAGGUACUACUGUUACUAGUUACUCCAACUGUUGUAGGGUUUGUUGUAUAAGUCGUCGUCAUGACUCAUGACGAAGUAUUAAUUAUGCCAUGAUGGUCAGAUGUUGCACGGUUAGCUUAGGUUAUUCUUCAACUGUUAUUCGUGCGCCAUCUUGAUCUUAUGUUCUUAAAAACGCCUUAGGUACUGGCUAUACACCUACUGUCUUAGCGUAAAUCGUGUUGACAAUCACACAUAACAUUUUUAUCAUUGAACAUUAUUAUUUCUCUUGAGUUGUUAAUUUAUUGUUAAAGUCAACACGGACGUUUCAUCGUUAAUUAUCAAUAACUGUUUUGAGUGACUAUUUCGAUUUUCGUUUACUGUACGCGUGUAAGCACUCAACUAUACGUUUUGUGGCGGACAGCAGACCACGAUGGCAAACGAGAGAACGUACGUAGUACCUAGCUUGUUGCAAACGGCAGCACCGAAAGCUUGCACCGAGAUCGAGCGUGGCAGGUUCGACUUUCUGGAGGUACCGGACGUCGAUAUGCGACAUUGUUGCGAUUCGCUGUUAGAAAUAUUAAAAAUCGAGAAAAACCGAAACGAGGGCAACGAAGGACAGACCAUGUUCAUCAGGUUGCAGUUGACCAGCAAGGACAAGAGGUUUCUAAACAUAUGCGAGGAGGCAGCGUCGCACGGGCACAUAAAUUGCCUGAAACUCGCUCACGAGAUUGGCGUCCCUUGGAACGAUAAGGCGUGCAAACGGGCUGCGAGUUCGGGGCAUCUGGAGUGUCUACGAUACGCACGGGAAAACGGGUGCCCGUGGGACGAGAAUACGUGCAGCAAUGCCGCAUCAAAGGGUCACAUUGACUGCCUAAUAUACGCACGGGAAAACGGGUGCCCGUGGAAUGAGAAAACUUGCGGCUAUGCCGCAUUGAACGGUCACAUGGACUGCCUGAUAUACGCACGGGAAAACGGGUGCCCUUGGAACUUUGUUACAUGCGCCAAUGCCGCAAUGGAGGGUCACAAGGACUGCCUGGUUUAUGCACGGGAAAACGGGUGCCCGUGGAAUGAGUAUACGUGCACCUUUGCCGCAUUUUCCGGUCACAUUGACUGCCUGAUAUACGCACGGGAAAACGGGAGCCCGUGGGACGCAGAUACGUGCAACUUUGCAGCGAAAUACGGACACAAGGACUGCCUAGUUUACGCACGGGAAAACGGUUGCCCUUGGGAUAAGCUAACAUGGUUCUAUACCGCAUCGAACUAUUAUGCCGCAUUGGACGGCCACAAGAAAUGCUUUGUUUACGCACGGGAAAACGGGUGCCCUGGUAACUCCUACUCGUACUUAAAUGCCGGAACAAUGGACAGCCCGAUGUGCAGACUGCAGGCGGACUCGUUUCCGUGGGAUGUUGAUACGUGCACCUUAGCAAAAAAGAACGAUCACAUGGACUGCGAGGUAUACGCACGUGAAAACGGGGGCGUAAUUCUGUUUUAG